UCUCUUGUGUACCCACGAACAGCUGCCGUCGGGGCGUGAUGACCUUUUUGUCUCCCGGCGGUCAGGUAUGGAGAGGGGGCGGAGACACAGGAGGAGCAGCCUCGUGUCGGACUGGUCCCGACGUCCCGGACAAUAAAUGGCCGUGAGCCGACAGAGAGCGGCGGUGUGAGGCGAGUUUCCUUUAUUCUCAGCACGGCUGCAUCAAGAGCUUCCUCCAUGCUCACAUAGCGGGUUAAAAGGGGGCCAAGAGGCGCGCUUCAUCCUCUCUGUCAGUAGCCUACAUUUUUAUCUCUCUGGGAGGAUGAGGGAGUCCUGUUGACACCACGGAGAGAUACACGCUGAGACCGACUAUGGCUGUGGACGCGGCGUCCAGCUUCAGUUUUUGCCGUGCCUCCCUGGAGCACACGGUGUCUGCUGAGGAGCUGAGCUACCAGCUGCCGCGUCGGGCCGGAGGCAGCAACCUGACCUGGCACGACGGCCGCGGCCAGAAGACAGCGCACACGCGCACCGUCAAAUUACUCCAGCAGCCGGGCACAGAGGGCAUCCAGCUGCAUCCAGGUGAAGCCUUCACCGUCUAUCACACCAGUCCUACGCUGUCCUGUCUGUCCAAACCUGUGGUGCUGUGGACUCAGCAGGAUGUCUGCAAGUGGCUGAAGAAACACUGUCCUCACAACUACCUGACCUACGUAGAGGCCUUCUCCCAUCACGCUAUCACAGGACGGGCGUUGCUCCGCCUCAACGGGGAGAAGCUGGAGCGGAUGGGAAUCGUCCAGGACUCCCUGAGGCAGGAGGUCCUCCAGCAAGUCCUUCAGCUCCAGGUCAGAGAAGAGGUCCGCAACUUGCAGCUUCUUAGCAGAACCUCCUUUGGAAAUUUCUCUUAGCUCAUCAAAGGAUGUGCUUGGCAGUCCUUCUCCUCGUCUCCUGUCACAAUACAUCUCCAGGAGCUGCAGAAGAGCUGCUAUCUCCAGAUAUGUGAGCGGAGAAUCAACGAGUGAAAGCAGGGGGAGGACGAGCCUAUAGACUCUAUGCCAACUGGUCUGGAGGAUUCCCAUUCAAUGCAGCCAAUCUGCUUUACAGGCACUGUGACAAAGACAAAGAGCCGUUCAAAGCAGGGAGACCCUCUGUAACCUAAUGAUGCAAUGGAAGAUUAUCACUAUUCCAGGGAUGAUCCAGACCUGGCACUGGUGGGAUCAUUAAAAAUGUCCCUUUUGAUUUUCAUUUCGAUUGAACCAACUGGACAGCUCUGACUGAAAUUAAAGUCUGAAAAAUUGGACUCAUAGAGAUCCGCUUUGAUUUAGUUAAAUAAAUAGUUCUGUGGAGCAGCUAUGAGUAGUCUGAGUCUUGUCUGCAGCAGUAGCUCUUUGAACAGCUUAACUGUAGAGAUCUGGAGAGUAGUUUUAUCUGGAGAGUUAAACUAACUGCUGGUCAGGAUUUGCUUAGUUGGAAAGCACAAGAACUUUGAUCUUAAGAAUCCUUGUGAUUCAUUCAAACACUGCUUUAUAUACUGUAUGUAAGCCCUUUAGCAUGCCUCUCUGUGUCUGUGAGCCACUUGGAAAUAUACAGUUUUCACUACAGCCUCAAUGCAACCGUAAUAUGGUGCUCAUUCAAAAGAGAAAGUAAGAAUUAAGGAAUUUUUCACCAGAAUAUCUAGUUUUAAAUACUUGUUGUUUCUCAGACAUACUUUAUCCAUACAUGAAAGAUAGCACAGCAGUGUCUCCAUACGCUGUACUUAUUUAAAAAAAAAAAAACAGGCAUAGUUGUUGUUUUUUCUUAUUCUGCUUGUGAUCAGUCUCACCACUCUCUCUUUCUGCAGUGUGCUUUGUUCACCCUUUGCAUGGGAGUUUGGUUUUUCAGCUCAGCACUCACUCCGCAUGAUUACAAAAACUUGAGCUUCAUGGGAACGCUAGUAGGGAGCUACAGAUGACACUCAUGCUGGCAUUUAUUUCCAUACUGUAGAGGUGUAUAGUUAUUUACACUGAAGCACCUAGUCAAGUACAAGUAAUGUAAAACUUGUUUAGCCAAGUACUUCAUGUUGUACAACCUUGAAGAGUAACUUCCUGGUGGUAAAAAAAUAGAGCAGUGGAAAACAACUACAAUGUAACAGUUUAUGUAUAGAGGUAUCUGCUGUGGGUAAGAUAUUGACUGCUCAUAACCUCUGCACAGAACUACAUAGAAGAAAUCUGAACUAUCCCUUUAAGACCACUACACCAGUGAUUAUUUUACAUGUUUUUAUAUCAAGGAAUUCUGGGUUAAUUCCUUGAGUCAUGGUGUGGAUACAUAUGAACAAACAGAGCUACUAACGUAAAAUGACGGAAACGUUCCAUCUACAAUACUAUGAGAUGAAUGUCAUUCCCACAAUAAUCCUUUUUGUAUUGUGACUUCUCUGCAGUGUAGUACUGAAAAAAUUAACCUUUAUAUAUAAUUGAGUGUAGUAGAGUAACAAACACUUUAAUUUAUGUAUUUGUGAUUUAAUGACUGAUCAAAGGGUUUCAUGGGGUUAACACAAUGCUCACUAACUGCAUAGGUCUGAUAAAGCAAUAAUUUGAAUAGCUACAGGUAAAUGGGAAAGGACUAUCUGGUAGCUAAAUUAAGAAACCAUUUCCACAGAGCUGUGAAGGUCUGCCAAGGGAAAGAAAGUCAUUUGUGUGUGAAUCUUUAUAUUUUACAUCAUUUGUCACUUGCAAGCACUGGAGGAAAAAAAAUACAUCCCUCUGUUGUAUUCCGUUCGGUUUCUUUCCCGGAGAUGAUGCUGAAGUUUCUAAAGCUCAGAAAGCAAGACUGCCAACAAUGACAGCAAGCCAGAUACCAGAUUCCCUAAGUGACUGAAGCCAGAUCUGCAGAUGUAAUUCCAGGCAGUAACGCUCAGCUUUGCAGAAUGAUGAUUCUCAUGUCACAUAAAUGAAUAAAAUAAACAAACAUCCAGUGAAGAAAACCUGCCCAUCCAACAUCCAUCCAUGCAUCCUUUAGCAGGGAGUCACAGGGAACAGUGAGUGACUGACUGUUAAAAGAAAGAAAACACACUGUGUAAUUUUUAGUAGACCUAAUCCACUGUAAAUAUCAACACAUUCGGUUUCUGUUCACUGAUCAUCGAUGAACUGUUUCAAAUGCAGAAAAAGUACAGUUCGCUCUGCUCUACAGAUUCAAACAUAAAUGUAUGUAUGGAACAUGACGACAGCUGUUUUUGAAUAAACUUACUGAGAAAAACUGUUGACCCUGA